CGGUCAUUUAUGUUUGCAAACAUGGUAUGAUGCAAAAAAAACUGGUUUUCGUUUAAACGGUCGAACAUGCAAUCAUACUUUAUUUCUCUGUUAUUUGUGGACGAAGCAACAUGGGACGUGCAUUAGUUGCAGCACUUCUAAUUGAUAUUUUAGAAGAAGACGAAGUAGAACAAAAAAAGCAAAAAAGACAGAGAAAAACUUGGGAACUUGAACAGUCCAGCCCGGCGGACUACAAAAAUUUUCUCAGAAUGGAUCCUUCUGUAUAUAGGGAACUUUUGGAAAAAGUAACACCUUAUAUAGAAAAAAAAAAUACUAUUAUGCGAGACGCAAUUUCGCCUGAUGAACGUCUCUCUGUAACAUUGAGGUAUUUGGCAACUGGAGAGAGCUACGAAAGUUUGAAAUUCCAGUCGUAUAUUUCAACUGCAAGUUUAAGCAACAUAAUUAUUAAGACAUAUGAAACGUUGAUUAAAGUUCUUAAAGAUUUAAUUUUAUUGCCGAAAAGGGAAGAAGAAUGGAAAACGAUAGCUUCUAAAUUUUAUGAACUGUGGAAUUUCCCGAAUUGCCUUGGCGCUGUCGAUGGAAAACAUGUAAACAUUACGAAACCACCGCACUCUGGAGCAUACUAUUUCAACUAUAAGAAGACUUACAGUAUUGUUUUGAUGGCCAUAGUCAAUGCAAAAUAUCAAUUUAUAAUGGUGGAGGCUGGAGCAAACGGAAGAGUUUCCGCUGGUGGCGUUUUCGGAAAUACGAAAACAAUAUAACUAUCGUCUGUCACGGGCAAGAAGGGUUGUAGAAAACGCGUUUGGAAUUAUAUCUUCCAGAUUCAGAAUACUGCUCACUACAAUACAUUUAUCUUCCGAAAAGGCAACGAAAAUUGUUUUAGCAAUUUGCUAUUUACACAACUUCUUAAGCACAAAAAGCAGUGAAUGUUAUCUCCGAAUGAUAAAUGAUGUAGGUGAAAAGUCGGUACCUGCUUUGAUGCAAAUAGAAAAAACCACAAGUCGGAAGAGUACUACCAACGCCAAGGAAAUUCGAAACUCAUUUUGUGAAUACUUUAAUGGUGUCGGAUCAAUGUAAUUUUGCAUUUCGUUUUAUAAAUAAAAAUAUAUGCAUAAAUAAAUAAAAAUGUCCUGUUCGUUUUACUUACGUCUUCCACAGUCGUGUCCCCGUUUUCUAUUGAUGACAUGCCAGUCAUCUGUGUUUCUUGCUCUUCCAAGAAUCCUAGGUCAUCAGAGUACCACAAAGAUGGUACAUAUAUUUCAUCAACUCCUGCUCCAGACUUCUCACUUCGCUUUAUUGUUUUAAGUUCACGUCGAUAACAUCCACGAAGUGAGCUUAUUUUAUAUUUUAAACUUUCCAAAUUUGCAUUUGGAUCUAUCUCCUUAUAUUAUAUUUUUGUAGGAGUGCUUCAUAAGCAGCAUUCUUCUUAGUUUUGUUUUUAUACUCCUCGCUUUUAACUUUCCAUACUUCUGGAUGGCUUCGAUAAAUUUCA